AAUUAUGUAUAAAAUAUUACUUCCAAAAUAUUAACUUUUUUUAAUGUUUACUAGUACAUAAUUAAAUAUAAAUACAACCAAAGUUAUGCGUUGACAAACGUGAAAGUCAAAAUGUUGCAACUUUUAAAGAACGUAUGAUAGUAUAUGACACCUAUGACGAUCAUAUUAGUUAGCCUUUCCAUUAUUCUCACGUGGUACAAGAGUUCUAUGGUUUUAACCAGUUUAAAUCAUUGCCAUGGCUUCUCUGAAUACUUCCACCACUGCCACUGAUGCAAACUCCGCCACCACCGCGUAAACCACAUCGGCGGAUGAGACGCCGAUCAUGAGCGCGACACAAAUGCGCCCCACCUCCUCAGCGCCGCUACAGACACUUGUCGUUCCUGACGAUGUGUUGAUCUCCCCGCUAUUAUAUUCCUCAUGGGUGCCGCCGAUCUUUAUGUGGACACCAACGCUGCCAACACUAAAUCCGCCUCCGCUAUUCGCUACUGAGACGCAGACCGAGACGAGUGUGGCAGCUGCAGCUCGAGCGCUCUUCGCCGGUCAAACGUUAUCUGGCAGCCCAGGGCUGCUUCUGUCGAAUGCUUCUGGGACACUCAGCAACCGCCCGGUGGAUAGUUCACUGCCAGUCUCGUUUGCUACUUUGGCUCAGGGUAUGACCUGUGGGUCUUCAAUUACACAGAGUGUGACCUCAAAAUUAUUGGCGGUUGAAGAUCUCUUGGGCAUUCUUGACGGGUCUCUUCCAGCUCUGUCUCUUUAUACCUAUGAUUUAUAUUAGGCUCAAUCUAUUAAUCUUGAAUAUUAUCAUUGGUUCAAACCGGACUAAACUAUUCGUGCAUGGCUAUUUGCUACUCUCUCUCGUGAAGUUUUAAUUGAUGUUCACACCCUGAAAAAAUUCUACGACCAUAUGGCAAGGUUUGGAAUCCCGAUUCAUGGCUGCUAGUCUAGCCCGCAGAAUUAAAAUACAUGAUGGCUCAUACUACGAAGAAGGAAAAUCAGUCCAUGGAGGAGUACGUUUGUGGGAUCCAGGCAAUUGCAGAUUCCCUAGUCUCCAUUAAUUCUCCGGUUUCCAAUGCUGAUCUUAUUUAAUGUACACUUUUGAGCUUGGGACCGGGAUAUGAGUCACUUGUGGGGGCCCUUACCUUGUUUUCUGAAGGUCUCAUCUUUGACUCAUUAUGCACAAAAUUAGUCCAUCAAGAGGCCCACCUAAGUUAUCAACAAUCCAUGGAAACCACAGUUGGUGCUCCGUCUUGCUCUGCAUCUUCAUUGACAGGGGGUGUACCUGCGGCUUCCUCUUUUGGCGGGCAACAGCAACAGACUCGUGGGGGUCCCGGCCUACGGAGCGGUCACCGGGGCAGGGCCGCCGAGGGCGCGGACGAUACCAGCAGCAGCAGGUCUUCGGCCAACCUCCCCCAUACUUCGGUCAGGGACCACAGCACCACCAGCAGACAUCUUCGGGGCGGGGAGCUAAUCAACAAAAUAAUUGGGGACUUGGUACAGUUUUUUGUAAUACCGUUAAGUCAUUUUCUUAUACUCCUUCCCUCUCUACUUUUUGUACUAACUAUGCUUCUGCAGGAUCUCUAUCUCUUGACGAUAGUUUUGGUUUAGUUCCUCCACCUGUCCUCUGUCAAAUAUAUCAUUCUCCAGGUAAUUCAGUUGUUUCGUGCCCUUCUCGUUUUGUUCAAGCUCAAGCUCCUGCUUUGGUUGUAUCUAUUGGUGAAUCCGCUCCAGCUAUUUAGUAUCCUAACUCAGGACACAAUUUCGGGAAAGGUGCUCCUUCAGGAUUCUAAUAAUGGUGGGUGUUUACCCUAUUUUCUUUCAUCAGUUGCUCAGCUCUCAUGUUGCUCCCGGACCAGUCUAGCAUCGUUGUUUGAGACAUUGUGGCAGUCGUAUUUUAGAUAAACUUGAAAAGUCUAAGACUAUUCUUUGUACUUCUAAUUUUCCCCAUGAUUGUAUUUUUUGUCAGUUAGGAAAAUCUCAACGAUUACAUUUUCAUGAAGUUUGGCAUAAAUCUACUGUUCCAUUAUUUUUAAUUCAUUCUGAUGUUUGACAAUCCACUGUU